GACGUCUCAAACCACAACCCCCGGCCGAAUCGGUCUCGCAAACGUUACCAGAAGCCUCGCGAUGUUGUACCUCUGGGUUUAGAAACUCUGUGCUGGUACUUAGCUAGCUAGCUACAUUAUUUGAAUGUUUACAUGACUGUUUCUCUGCGUUGGUAACAGAUAAUAAUCAAAAAUGUGCAACGAAGCGGUCUUUGAAACAAUUGAAGAGGUCAAUAAGCAUAUCUCACACGUCGAAGAGUCAACCUGUGUGAAAUAUAUUUCUUAUCGUGUGGACAAGCGCUUCAAUGACCAAGGUUGGAAACCACAGGACCACAAGAACAGGCUAUACUGGGAAUGGAAGUACGGCAAGGGUACUCCCUGUAUCCCCUUUGACGGUGUACCGUUUGUGUUCAUCGGACACAAGCUAAUGGGAUGCCACAGGGGCCGGGCAAAGUGUGGAAUCAAGAAGAGGCAGGAACUUCAGGAUCAAAGGGCAAAAGAUGGCAAGGAAAAAAGAAACCUGUUGCUGAAAACCAAGAAAGUAGCAUGCCCUGCUGUGUUCACAAUCAGCCGCAUUGUGAAGUUCCCUGGAUUCAAGUUGGAGAAGGACACAUCACGGUUGAGGAGGGUCAUGUCUAUUUCCAUCAAACAAGCUCUCCAGACAGACCCAGCCUCAGUGCAGUGGAAGAUACAGUAUUUCCUCAAAAUACCCAGUGUCACCGACCACAAGGGCCAUCCUAUUGGAAAGGGUGCAGAUCAGAUGGACGACAGGGUCAAAGGUUACAUCCGAGCGUUGGUGCAGCAGGGGGUGAGGAAGGUGAAGGAGGUAAAGAACCUGAUGGUCCAGUACGUGCGGACGGAGCUGUUCCAAGACACGACCCCGCCGCCGCUGAGGCGCUUCUUCCCCACAGAGAAAACUAUCCAUGCCGUCAUGGCUCAGGUCAUCGCGGAGGAACACUACAGCAAAAUAGACCUGGUCAACCUGCUGACCUUGGCAGAGAAUUGGAAGGCAGAAGCUCCUAGAAUCAACUUCCUGCUUAGGGUUCAAUCAGAGAGCGAGAACCUGUUGCUCUGCUACCAGACGGAUUGGCAGCGGCGGCUGCUUCGGCAGUAUGGCAAGGAGGUGUGCUUCCUGGACGCGGCCUAUAAGAGGACGCGCUUCCCCCUGCCACUCUUCUUCCUGUGCGUGCGCACCAAUGUGAGCAUGGCGCCGGUGGGCCUGUUUGUCGUGCAGUCGAGGAGCGCCGAAGCCUUGGGGGAGGCGCUGGGGGUGUUCAGGCAGUGGAACCGGGGCUGGAGCCCAGCCUACAUCCUCACUGAACACUGCCCUGUGGAGAUGAAGGCGGUGGAGGCAGCAUUCACAGGUGCUCAGGCAGUCUUCAGCGAUCACCUGCGGGAGAGGACCUGGACCAAGUGGCUGAGCAACCGGUCCCGAGCCAUCACCAACCAGGAGGGGAUCUUUGAUAUGAUGAAGGCCAUCGCUGGUGCCCUUACCAGAGAGCAACACCAGGGGGCAGUAGAACUACUACAGCAGAGCCCCAUCUGGUUGGAAAAGAGACAACUUUUCAAGAACUGGUUCACUAACAAGUGGCUGUCAGAGGAGAAGAGAUGGGCGAACGCUGUGAGGGUUGAUAUUGUCAACUUUGUGUCUAUGGUGAACGGAGGUCUGGAAAUGCAGAGCGACUUUUUCACACAUAAUAACAUGAAGGUCCAUAAAAAAGACACCCUGAGCCAAAUGCUGCAGUUUCUUGUUGACGACUACUUCCCACAGAUGCACCAAAGGUACAUAGACCUCAACAGCCAGUCCUCUGCCGAGUACAACCUCAACCCCACUGUGCCUCCGUUCCUGUGGCAUCGCCCUUGGAGUGUGGUGGCCCUGGUGAUGGACAACAUGUCUGCGGCCCUGCAAGACCCCGACAUCGUGGUGGAGCAGGCCAGCGACGCCGCCGACGGCACUUUCCGGGUGAAGAGUCGGGCAGAGACCACGGCAGCGCGGUCCUACGCGGUCAGCUUCGGUUCAGAGUCCACCUGGCCCUCCUGUGAGUGUGAGGUGUGGAGGGACCAGCGCCUGCCCUGUGAACACUUCUGUCACGUCUUCAGGUCUGAGCCUAACUGGACCUGGGAGCACCUGUGUCCCAAAUACAGGGACCACCCUCUGCUCACGCUGCAUUCACAGACCACUCACACCACAACAGAGGAGAUAGAGGAAGCCCUCAAUGGUCUAAUGCAUCUCUCCCCAGCUUCCCCAGUCUCUCUUCAGUGGGAUGGGCCUGAAGAAACAGUGCCACUGGUGCAAACUCCUCAAACUCCACAGUUACAACUGCAUAGCAUACAAACACAGUGGGUGGCCCCACAGGCUUCACAGGGCCUGCGGGAGAGGGAGGAACUGCAAAAGGAGGAACUGCAGAGGGAGUGUGUGGCCAAACUCAAAUCCAUCAUGGAGAAUGUGAGCGGGAUCAACGACAUUGACCACCUACAGGAGCUCAGGCAGAAACUGGACGUUCUCCAGGCUCAGAGUGAGGCCAUGCUGGUUCAGAAGGACGCUAGCGUCAAAACAGUUACCACCCCCAUGGGGAAGAGAAAAAGGGCAGGGGUGGAGAUUAUCGUGGCCAUGCCCAAACGCAUCAAAGUGCUCUCCCGGGUUGAUGUAGAAAAUGUUCAGAAAUAGCUUUCUUCUAAAGAGGGAAAAUAAAGUACGGUAUUAAUCAGGUUGUCGCUCUUAUUUCUUGGGUGAUGUACAAAUAACUCUUUGUUAGGAUGUUAUCACGUAUCCAGUUCUAGAAAGUGUUUGGCUGCUUGAUCACAAGGGUCAGCUUGAUGUAAGAUGCUGCGCACGUUCACAAACCUUUCCAUAACAAAUUAAUAAAUGAGUUAUAUUGCACAGUCCAAACUAUUUAGAAAUUAGCCAAGUAUCUCAACUCCAUGCUGAUUUCUUCUGCGGAUUUGAGUGGAGCCUAGAGUUUUUGGAGUGAACCUCCAACAUUCUUCGAGUCGCUGUAUAAUCGAUACUUCAAAAUUUUAAAUUCUUAAACCCUUACCGUGUAUCUAUUUUUUUUCCUCUCUGGCUUUCUUUAUUUGCUGAAAUCCAUACCUUUUAAAUAAAAAGUUUAUCAAAUACAA